CGGAAUCAUAUCUACCGCAAAAUAAACUCGCACUACACCUCCAUUGUCUCAUCUUCGGAAAAAAAACUCCCGCAUCAACCACCCAAACCUCCAAAAAAUGUCUCCCCGACACCAUCAUUCGAACAAAUGUUCCUCUACAGUCCGCAUUCCUCCUGUCAAGCUAUGGACGACGACCGAUGUCGCGGCAUUCCCCAAUGAUCAUACCAACCUCAGCAGUAUCUCUAAAUGCUGCGGUGAAACCACCAAAAUUACACUCUACAACAAGAGCUGCGCGAAGUUCUGCAACACUAGUGGAAACACGACAGAAGUUGUUGACUGUCUGCACGAUGCUGGCCUAAGCAAAGCUACUAGCUACCACAAUGACGACGGCGGAAAGAGCGCUGCCAGCUCGUUGUCGAAACCGGCUAUGGGUCUUAUCAUGAUGGUUGUGGGGAGCUUGGUCGCUGGCACUCUAUAG